UCGAGUCGCUUUUCAAAAGUGAUGUACUCGUUUGACGGGGGUGUUCUCACAGGCGAGGGUAAGGCACUUCGAAACAACAUCCAGGGUCGGCACCUGCGCUGCGGUCUUCAUUCAUUAAAUGAAAUUACAUCAUUGAUUGAUACGCGUAUACUCGCGCACUAGUACUACGAUGCAGUCAGGGAGUCCACCUGGACAAGGCCAGCCGGCACCCAUCCCAGAAUGGCAAACUUUCCCAAAGUCAUCAAGGGUAGUUUGGAUGAUCUUCCCAAGAAGGUCAGGGACUAUGUUCUUGAGAAAGCACAGCUUUGCCAACCGGAUAGCAUCUACAUUUGUGAUGGAUCCUGGGAAGAAAACAUGUCACUUUUGACUGAGAUGGAGGACAAAAAGAUCAUUAAGAGACUCACUAAAUAUGAAAAUAACUGGUUAGCUAGAACCGAUCCAGGUGAUGUCGCCCGUGUGGAGAGCAAGACAGUGAUUUCAACUCCUAAGCAGCGAGACACUAUCCCAAUUCCUAAGGAAGGUGUGGUGGGGAAAGUUGGCCGAUGGAUAUCACCAGAAGACCUAGAGAAGACAUUGGGAGAGCGCUUCCCUGGAUGUAUGAAAGGUCGUAUCUUGUAUGUGGCACCAUUCAGCAUGGGACCCUAUGGAUCCCCACUCUCCAAGAUUGGUGUCGAGUUGACAGACUCUCCCUAUGUUGUAGUCUGUAUGCGUAUAAUGACUCGCAUGGGCAAGAAAGCUCUAGAUGUACUUGGUGAGGGAGACUUUGUCAGGUGUCUUCACUCAGUUGGUCAGCCACUUCCCAUGAAAACCCCACCUAUUAACAACUGGCCAUGUAACCCAGAGAAGACCAUCAUCUCACACAUCCCCGCCAAUAGGGAGAUCAUCUCCUUCGGUAGUGGCUAUGGUGGUAACUCGCUCCUUGGCAAGAAAUGUUUUGCUCUGCGUAUUGCAUCUUGCAUUGCCAGGGAUGAAGGAUGGUUGGCUGAACACAUGCUGAUCCUUCGCCUGACCAAUCCUCAAGGAGAACAGAAGUAUAUCACUGGUGCUUUCCCUAGUGCUUGUGGUAAGACCAAUCUUGCCAUGAUCACACCAAGUUUACCAGGCUGGAAGGCAGAUUGUGUUGGUGAUGACAUCGCCUGGAUGAAGUUUGACAAGGAAGGACGUCUACGUGCCAUCAAUCCAGAGAACGGUUACUUUGGAGUUGCACCGGGGACCUCUUACAAGACCAACCCUAAAGCCAUGACCACGUUCCAGAGCAACACAAUUUUUACCAAUGUUGCAGAGACAAGUGAUGGCCAUUUCUAUUGGGAAGGUUUGGAGGAUUAUACACCCAAGGAUGUGUCUAUCACCACCUGGAAGAAUAAGGAAAACUGGACCAAAGAAGGUGGAGAACCAGCGGCCCAUCCCAAUGCACGAUUCUGUGCUCCAGCAGCACAGUGCCCAACCCUUGACCCAGCUUGGGAGGAUCCAGAGGGCGUGCCCAUUGAUGCUAUUUUGUUUGGAGGACGAAGGCCAGAGGGAGUGCCGCUUGUGUAUGAGACAUUCAACUGGCAACAUGGUGUCUUUGUUGCAGCAACAAUGAAGUCAGAGUCCACCGCAGCUGCUGAGCACAAAGGCAAGAAGGUUAUGCAUGACCCUUUUGCAAUGCGUCCCUUUUUUGGCUACAACAUUGGGGAUUAUGCCCAGCACUGGCUAGAUUUCAAGGACCAACCUGGCCUCAAGCUGCCCAAAAUCUUCCAUGUCAAUUGGUUCCGUGUUGAUGAUCAUGGCGAAUACCUGUGGCCUGGGUUUGGUGACAACGUCCGUGUACUGGAUUGGAUCAUGAAACGCUGCAAUGGAGAAGAUGUCGCUGAGAAAACCGCCGUAGGGUACAUCCCAAAGAAAGAGUCACUCAAUGUCAGUGGGUUUGACAAACCAGUUGACUUAGAUGCACUAUUCCACCUCCCGAAGGAAUUCUGGUUAAAUGAAGUCGAAGAAAAUAGGAAGUACUUUGAGGAGCAGAUCAAUGCUGACCUGCCUCAGGGUCUUAAGGAUGAGCUGAAUACACUUGAAGAGCGUGUCAAGGCAAUGUAAGGCGUACAUUCUGCUUUAACAGGGGCUUGCCCUUUCAAAGCUAGUUCUGAGCUCAGAGCUCUCUGAAAUCCAGUGAGAGGAAAAAUCCAAUAGUUGAUGAAGGACUGUGUGAUAUAGAAUCCUCGAUAGAGCGAGCAUUCGACUACUCAUAAUAAAGUAAUUUCAAGAUCAAGUUAAUAAAUCAAGCAAGUUGGAGCGUCUUUGGGAAUACUGAACAUACAGCACUAAUAUGACGCUUGGAAGGAGCUUAUUCCUGUUUGUGAAAUUUACAAACCUAAAUGCACAAAACUACCAUCUAUGGGAAGACUGCAUGACUAGUGCAGCUUAUGCAGUAUACUUUACAUUAUAAUGUAGUUGUGACUUUUUUUGCAUUUCUUAAAGAGGAAGCUUUCAUGAGAGAAGUAAAGUUUUAUGAAAAGCAGAAAGCUUAGAAUUAUUGUAGUGCUAGAAAGAGCAGAUUGUCUGCAGAAAUAUGCUGUUUGACAGCUCAAAAUAUAUUUUCUUUGGUACUAUUAGGGUUAAAGAGAGACUGAAUUUAGCUCCUUGCUACAAAGUGGCUGAAUGGAGCAAAACAUUUGGAAGUAAAUACAAUAAUAUAAAACAACCAUUUCACAAACCAUGGACCAAAACAAAACAGUACUUUUAAACACAAAUAGAAGGGCGUAUUAGUAAAUAUUGGUGUGUGUUGACUGUCAACAUGUGAGACCAAGUCUGACCGUGAAUCAAAAGGUUGUCUUAAAUGGAACAUUUUAUUUGCUAAUAUUGUAGUGAAUGUGUGACUUUAGAGGAUUGAUCUAUCUCAUGUAUUUCUGAAUAGUGUACAUGUAUUCCUCAAAAUUGUACUUUAUAAUCACAUCUGGUUUUCAUUUGUUUUUUAUCCACCUUUCUUAUGGGUUGGUUUAUUUGGUUAUGUGAUGGUACAGUUCUUUUCACGUCAGUCAAUAAGAAAAAGCAGUACUGUAAGUUAAUUUCAUGCACUUGCCAUUUUUGGAGGUCUGGCAGUCAUAACUGUGCUGUGGCCAUUUCAGUUUUCUUAUGGAAAAAGACCAGUUGGAUUCGUGUUUUACUUCAGUAUUAACAUUUUUGUGCAUGUGUAACAUGCAUUAUUGAACUGAAUCUACCAAAUUAACAACUCCAUAUCUAAACCAUUUGCCUUUGUAUUGCUGUUUUUAAUUUGAAACAUAUUUCUGAUAAUGCAGAAACUUUUGCCAAAUCAGAGAAAUUACAUGUACUUGCAUGUGUAGCUGCAAUGAAAUUCCUAGACACAA